CAAGAAGAAGAGAAAUAGGAAAAAAAAACUUGCCAUUCCAGCGAUGAAGAUGAGAGAUAGUAUAUUUUUUUGUAAAGUUUUAUUUGCUCGCCUGCUUUCUUUGGUUGUUUGUUUGAUGGCUAUAACUCUAACCAACACAAAAUAGAAAAUUCUGAUCUCUAAAAAUUGUAUUUCAAAAAUCAAUCUGUGUGAAUAGCUAAAAUGUUUGGUGUUGAUUUUUCUCAUCAUUUCAUAAAUGAAAUUCACUGCAUUUUUUUAUGUAUUUAAAAUCUUUUUCAAUAAUAAUCGAUCCAAUGCUGGUCAUCAUCAUUCAUAACAAAAUCUAAUCCAUUCGCGCCAUUUAAAAAAAAAUGCUACUGUCCAUAUACAUCUUUCUUAAAUAAGUAAUUUUAUUUCAUCCUUCAAUGUACGUGCGUUUAUGUUUACAAAGUAAAUAUCUCUCCCUCCCCCAACCAAAAAACAAACUAAAUUUAUAUUUACAUAAGUUUGGGCAACCGUUUUUUUGUUGUUGUUGUUGUUGUUAAAAUUGUCAUAGCCCAGGUGUGUUUGAGUUUGAUCAUCAUCAUUCGACCACCACUUGAUGACAAUCAUGUGAAGAAUACCUGCAGUGAUAUUACAUUGUGUGUGUGUCUCUCAUACACACCUGUGUGUGUGUGUUUGGUGUAUUCGAUUCGAUCCUCGUAAAAAAAACUUCAAUCCAAUAUUUAUGUGAUCAUUUUUCGUCUUAAAUUUGUUAUUAUAUGUGCAUAUGUCUGUUUGCACACCUGCACAUGGGAAUAAUAUUCCUAGAGUUCAAUUUUAUGAAUAUCACAUAUGAUAAGUCAUAAUAAUAAUCCUUUUGUUGGAUAUAUAAAAUCAUUAUGGAUCAUCAUGAACACGAAUCAUUCAUGAUUUGAAUUUCAUUCUAUACGAAUGAUGAUUACUUUAUCAACGUUUGCCAUGAUUAAAAUGAUGUUUAUCACAUAUGAUGAUCACCAUCAUCAAUGCCAUUCGAUUUCAUCGAUCUCAACGAAUCAUAAGAUUCGCAUCCAUUUCAAAAUGUUUUCAAAAUUAUUUAAAAGUUUUCAUUAUUUCAUUUUCAUAUCAAUGUUAUGUCUAUGCGUUAACAGUCAACCAUUAUUAUCAUCAUCAUCAUCGAAUGAACAAUCAUUAAUAUCAAUGACAUCGAAUCCAUGUACAGAAAAAAUUGGACAUUGUUCAUUCUCAUCAUUAGAUAGAAUGUCAUGUCCGGAAAUUAAAGAAUUGAAACAAUGUUUGGAUAAUCUCAAACAAAUUUGUCAUGGUUCAAUUCAUUAUCAUUCAUUUAGUUCGUUAGUGGAUCGUAAAUCAACGGAACAUUGUAGAGUAAAAAAUAAUAAUCAUCGAAAUCGACAUAGACAAAGAAAUAAACUUCAACAUCAUCAAUUAUCAUCAUCAUCAACGCAACGACCACCAAUUCGUUCGAUGUUUCCCGAAUCAUCGUGGCAUCAACAAUUAUCAACAUCCAAUGAAGCUAUGGUUAAAUCCGGUCCUGUACAUCAUCGAAAAAAUCCCAUUUCAUUAGAUUCAUUAGUCAAUAUUCCAUCAUCACCUGUUAUUGCCACUCAAGUGAAAUUUAAUAAUAAUAAAUCAAACAAACCAGAAUAUUUUCAAUAUUGUCUACAAGCUGCCUAUAACUAUACAAUUGGCAUGAAUAUUUUGCCAAAUAAAAAGAACCUUGCCGAACAUCGUCCAUUUCUGCGACAUCAAAGAUAUAAACGACAAAAUGAUCGUGUCGCCGAUAUUAUGUAUCAUCAUCUACAACCACAACGUGAAAGACAACAGCGACCACAAAUGAAUGAUUUGAAUAGUAGAUUAAAUGAAACGACAGCACAAUUAGCAUCAGAACUGAUAUUUAAACCUGUUCAUCCAAUGACACCAUCAUUAACUUGUAUUAUAUUUGGUGAUCCACAUUUACGGACAUUUGAUUCACAAUAUCAGACAUGUAAUUGUUUAGGAGCCAGAUCCAUGUUGGAACAUCCUUUGUUUGAUGUACAAAUUACCAAUACAAGAAUUCUAGAUCAAUUCAAUUCAACCGGUGUAACCAAAGUGACCGUAUUGGUUCGUCGUUUUAAUCCGUGUAUGAUUUCCAAUGAAUUAAUCUAUGAAACUGAUUCAUUAGCACAAGCAUCACCAGCGGGAACAUUUACUGAUGGUUCUGUAUAUAAUUUCAAUAAUAUGGUCUAUAUAAAUACAUCGAUGAAAGAUAUGGUCGUAACCAUUCAUCUUGAACAUAUUGGUGCCCGUGUAUAUAUCUCACAAUUUAUUCAUACAAAAUUCCUGAAUGUUGUGAUAAAAUUUCUAACAUCAAAAUCAAAUUUGGUACGUCAAGAUCUAGUUUUGAAUGCAAUCAAUCCGAUUUCUUUAUGUAAAUCUGGUUGUCACCAUCGUGAAUUAAUCAACAUUGAAAAUGAAUUAAAACGUGCCAAUAUUGGCUUAGAAUCCACAGCACAACAGAAUUCACAUUAUUCACAAUCGAUGCCAAAUUUUGAUAAUAAUCUUGAUGCACAAGAAGAUAAUGACAAUAAUGAUUAUUAUGAUUCGAGCAAUGAUGAUUUCGAUGAUGAUGAUGAUGAUGAUGACUAUGAUCAUGAAGAAGACAUUUCAGAUGAUGAUGAUGAUUAUGAUGGUGAUACACAUCGUAAACGUCGUCGGAUACAAAAAAGAGAUGCUAAUUUUCAUGAAAAUAAUGAUGGUAAUAGCCAUGCCAUAAAUAAUGGACAACAACGACCAUUAAACAAGAAACCUAAACGCAAAAAAGAUGGCCGAAAAAAGAAUCGGAUCACGACAACGUCAACAACAGAAUCACCAAAGAAAAAGCUCAAAUCUCAACGGAAUCGACUUCGAUCUGCAUUGGAAAAAUAUCCUAUUCAAAAUAAUGAUCUAUUUUCCAUAUCAAAAUUACGAUUAGAUGAUAGUGGUAACAUGAAUGUUGGUGUUAUUACCAGUGAAAGUACAGAUGAGAAUAUGGUUCUUCAGGAUUGUUAUGAAAAGAAUCUAAUCGGUUAUUAUCGUUUAGCAUGCCUAUACGAUACUAUGAUAAAAGGUGCAGCCAGUACUCUACCAUUUGUAUUUGCCUCAUCAUUCGAUGAACCAAAAUUCACCACAUUGAACAAUCAUUUAGCAUACACAAAUCAUUCAUCGAAUAUGAUACAUGAUCAAUCAGGUUCAUCGACUAUCUGGUCGAAUCAUUGUUCAUUUCUAACCAUCAUCUGUCUAAUCAUCGUUUCACAAUAUUGUUCAUUAUUUUUGUUUGAUUAUCUGUAAAUUUUGAAUCUCAUUUCAUGUGUAUUGUAUAAAACAUUUCAAAUCAUUUAACAAAUUGUGAUAUCUGACAUGAUGUGUAAAUCAUUAUUGUUUUUUUCAUUGUAAUUAUAAUUCUGUACAUCUAUUGACACAAGUUGUUUUUCUUAUGAAAAUAAAAAUUUCAAAUUUUAAAUCGAUUAAAA